GUCGUCAUUUGCAAGAACUCUCUAUUUUUCAGACGGUCUGGGAACCAGAAAGCAUUCCUCCAUUCGAGGAAGGAUUUACUUCAACUGAACUUGAUACCAGUUCUUUUAGCUGCAAGAGAAAGCCUGAGGGUGACCUCUUCAGCAUACCCACUCCCGAAGCCUUUUUUUCUACAGAAUUGAAUGGGAAAUCCAACUUUCCAGUUGACCACGGGGUUGAAAAAUCAGGACAACCAUCAUCAGGUUUUGAUUUUCACACGCAGAAACCGGGCAAACAUUUUAUGGAAGCGGAAGGCUAUUUUCUAAACAUAUCUCAUGCUGAUGGUUUCCAAUAUGGCAACCAACGUACUAGCCUGCCAAAGGAACAAAGUGCUGCCAAAACAUUCCAUACCUUUGAGAAGCCAGAAAAUGAUGUUUCCACUGAGAAGAAAUCUUUAUCCUCAGAAAACAGUAUAACCGCUGUCAGUAAACAACCCAAGGAUAGCUCCGUGGAUAGUGAACAUUCAGAAAAUAAGACUCAAUUGAAUGAACCUAAAUCUGGAAGUCCACGUGAAGUUGCCAAAGACUGCAUUCAGCAUACAAUAGAUCAUCCAGAAUGCAGUUCCCCUGUUUCACGCCAAAGUCCCAAUAGAGACUUCAAAAAGGAGAAGGAUGGAAUUGAGGGAAUAAAACUUAGGAGCGACGGAGAUGGUAGUACAGACACAUCGUAUCAGGUAAUGCUGGAGAGUUAUGUUCUUCAACUUCUUUGUGUGCAGAAAGUACUAACGGACGCAUCAAAAAAGGAUACCAAGAAGGUAUGAUGCACACUCUAAAUGCCAUGUUUUUCACUAAGUUGAUCAACAGAUAUGACAGUUGAACAAUGUUCUUGUCAUCGUCUUUUGUCAAUGCAAACUUGAAACUCCCUCAAUUCAUUUGCCACAAAAUUUUUUGACCA